CUCAGCGCAAGUCACACCCGCUACGGGAGCUGCGUGCCUGCACUCGCCAGAGUUAUACACUCACUGCUGGGGAUCACAGAGGCAAGGCUGAGUGUUCAGCAUUCAGUCCCCACUGGCACCUGCAGUCUCCAUCUGUACUCUCCUCCGGAUAUUGCUCACAGAUGGACAAGGAACUGGGCAAGCGAGAUGGCCACUUCAAUGAACAAGACUUGGAUGCAAUCACCAGCAAGAUUGGCAAUCUCAGCAAGUGGCGAGGAAUCUUCAGCCAACAAGGAUUACAAUUCAAGGACACGGUUGUGAAGCAGAAAUAUCCGGACAGCCGCAAAGUGGAAGGUGAGAGUGAAGAUGGUGCAGGGGCAUCCCCGGGUGGCAGUGCCAAACCUAGUGGGUACCUCGUUCAAUUCAACGCGCCCUAUUCCAUCCCAAAAACAUUCCUUGUGUCCACCAGCCUGGGUGGCUUGCCCAUCACAUUGGAGGAGGCAGUGGCUCUAAGGAAGAUUCUUUUUGGAACGGCAUUUCAAGUUUUCAAUUACGAAUGGAGAAAAUCCCACUUCAGAUUCCGAGACCCUUACUCAGACUUGUCGUAUGCUCUGGAGGCAGAAAGGGGUGGUGCAAGAUCUGUUCAAAUGGCCGUGCAAGCUUUCAUCCUCAAACACUUACUGUUCACAAGAAAUAGUGAAGUGGAGGACCACAAUGAUAAACGCAUGGUAAAAGUGAGCAAAAAAGAGCAGGAAAAGGCAUUGGCGGCUGCACUCUCUGACAUUUUGUGGACAGCAGGAGAAGGAGCCCAGAGCUUUGUUUGUUUGGUGACCACUGAAUGUUGUUUUGCUCCUGCAAUCAAUUACAAAAUCGAUACCUACACAGAGCGGCUUCAGCUCUUUAGCUUCACUGAUAAGGCAAAGCUCCAGCAGUUUGUGAUGGAGCAGAUACACUGUUUUAAAGGUGAGGGAAGUCAUGGGGCCAUUCUGUUCCUCUACAGUCUACUCUUCUCAAGGACUCUGGAAAAGCUGCAUAAAGAUUUAGAUCACACAACCCCCUAUCUCCUGCAGUUAAGCCUCGGUAACUUCACUUGUCGGCAAGCACUUAUAAAUCUCAUGCUCACUGGAAGAGCCAGUCCAAACGUUUUCAAUGGUGACCUUCAGUCUGAUGACCAGGGUAACUUGCUGAGAGAUCCACAGCAUGGAAUCCUUACUCGAGGUGAUGUGGGCUACCUCUACUGGAAUAGACACGAGAUGGACCGUGAUAAACUCCCACAGGUGGGAAGCAUGCUGAAAACUCCCAAGCUGCCAAUUUGGCUUUGCAACAUCAACAGUACUUUCAGCAUGCUGUUCAGCACGAAGAGGCAGCUCCUGUCUGACUGGAAAAUGGAACAUCUCUUUGAUUUGUAUUUCUACACCGGCCAGCCAUUACAGGCAAAGGCAGUCAAACUCACGAUAGACACUCACUCCCAUCAUUGGGAAGAGGGGAUGCACGAGGAGGAAGAUGAUCCAGAGAAAAGAUUUCCUUCGGUGUUGAUGACCGUCCGUACUAAGUGGGAAGGAGCUGUUGUGGACUGGAAUGGGACUAUCCCAUUUUACUGAAGCAGGGACAUCACCAAACUGUGGGGCAAUAGCAGGCAAUUGGCCAAGCCUGUGGUACUGGGAAACUAGAGAUAGGCAAGUUCAAAUUCACAGUUCCCGAAUACGGCACAAAUCACAUCCCUAUUUGAUCCCAGCAUGUGUUUCCAUUCUGGCUUUAGACUUUAGAGAUACGGCAUGGAAACAAGCCUUUUAGCCCACCGAGUCCACGCCGACCAGUACACCAGUUAGUGUACAACCCUGUGCACUAACAUUAUCCUACACACUAGGGGAAAUUUUACAGAAGCCAA